AUGCAUGGUGCCAUGGGGCACUUGAACCUUGCGCAGCACAGCUCAGCACAGGAUGCCUUGGGUACCCUUGAGCGGUGCAGCAUUCUCUGCACCCCCCCUCUCCACCAUCAGAACACCACAGCCACUCAUCCCCGCGGCAUGCACCACCACAGAACACACCCGCGCACCCCGUCUGCCGCGCGAGGGGUCCGUCCAGCAGCCGCUGCAGCGCCAGGGCGUCCUCAUCGCCGGCAUCCCUGGUAUUGUCCUGGUCGCUGCCUCCGCCGUCCACCCCGCCGGCCAGCACCGCGUUCAGGGACUGCGCCAGGCUCCAGAGCGCGCGGUCGGCCGGGGAGAGGGUCGCGCCAUACCCACCCAUCAGCAGGGGCAGCAGGGCCGGCAGGCUGCCGGGCGGCGUGUACCGCCCGACACCAUACUGCCCAGCCACGUCCAGCAGCGUCUCCAGCAGCUCGCACACCUCCUUCUUGA